AUGAGUAAAAGUGAACUACAUGCUCUUUUUUCGAAACGACAACAGAGACACUCUGAGCCAGCAGCAUUGACACCUGCUCGAAGGAUUCAAUUGAAGAAACCCCUAAAUCGACCUAAUCGCCGUGGAGAUAAUAGAAGUUUUUCCGUUACGAGAAGGACAAUUACCCGAUUUCGGAGCAAAUUACUUCUUCUUGAUGCAGAUGAAAUGUGUCUUUGUGGAUUGCUCAGUAUCACACAUUCAGUUCAUUUAAUUUUAUGCAUUGAGGUUUUCUUCGCAUUGAUUCUUCUUAUCCAAUCGCCAGAUUUGCUUACAAUGAACGGAACGUAUUUUUAUUUUUUGGGAUUUUUCGACGGUGGCGGAUGGUUUUUCUUCGGGUUACAUGUUUCUCUAUGUGUAACUUGCUUAAUCUCAUCGGCUCUUCUCUACAUUGGCUCGAGGUGCCAAAUGCCGUUUUUAAUACUUCCGCAUGUCUUUUGGCAGUCCACUUUUAUUGUCAUUUCUGUUCUUUCGAUUAUUCUUCUCAUGGCAUUGGGGUUUAGCGGUAGAAUGCUGCUACCUUCUAGCAUAGUCCUAAGCUCAAUGAUGGCUUCUGCAGGAGCUUGCGAAAUGUGGUGGUGUCUACUGUCAAUAGCUUAUUAUCGUCAUAUUUGUGAUAAAAGGGAUCACCCGUUCUCUACAUCAGUCUCACCAGAUCAGGAUCCGCUUUGUGCAAGAGAUAGUCUGGUUUAA